AUGCCGCCUUCUCAUUUUUUGCUAGCUGUCUUGAGCCUCCUCCCACCAAUCCAGGCCUCGCCCUCCCCCCCAGUUCCCGAGUCCAUCCAAGUGGUCGAGCUACCCUUACCCCCUGUCAUUUCCAGCAGCGCUGAAGGGGCCUGUACGGCAGCCAUUAACCCGCGCCGGACCGGAUGCAUCAGUCAAGUCUUUGAGGAGUUUCAAGCGGGCGAUUUUACACCAGACAGCAACCAUGUCAUCGUCAAUAUCAAAUUUGUUGGCGCUCCUGCUGCCCCAGACCCGGCAAGCACCUACUCAGGCGAACAGGUGAUCCUUGUCAAGGCGGAUGGCACGACCUUCCCAAACGGAGAUACUUGGAAGUGCCUAAGCUGCGGAGUGCCUGCUAGCAAUGCACAGUCACUGGAUCCCGAGAGAGACUAUCCCCAUGUCGCUCGGAAUGGAAAACAGGCCCUUUGGGGCCACAAUAUACUCGACUGCGAAGCACCUCUGAUCAGCAGCGAAUGCACUCCGAAUAAAACCCAUAUCUAUCCCAUCCACUGGCCGACAUCGGUCGACGGCUCUGGCAGUGGUGGUACCCCUAGAGAGAUGCGUCUUCAUCCCGAUGACAUCCAUAUGGGUUGGAGCUCAUUCACAGCAACUGGUGGGCAACAUGCGUAUUUCGGUCGACUUCAAUUCAACCCGAGUCCCACAACAGGGUUGCCCCUUGCACCACGAUAUGACCUGGUGGACGUGAACAUUCUCAUUCAGCCAAACGGUGCGGCCCCUAUCAUGGCCAAUGGGACCGAGCUUCAUUUACAUGACGAGGCUAUAUCUGUUGGAGAGUUGCGUGGUUUCAGCGGGGCUGGCGACGAGAUCCUCUACCUUGGGUCACCGCGGGAAGCCAAUAACCUCGACGUCUUUGCUGUUCACGUUAUUACCGGGGCUGUCCGUCGCCUGACCAGCCAUCCCGAAUACAUCGAUCCAAUUGCCUUUUCCCACGACAACAAUUGGUUCGUCGGUAUGGACACCCGUGGCUCUAACCGUCAGAUGUGGAUGGCCGGCAUGCGGUAUAUCCCACCCCUGAUCGACCUUGUUACGGUAACAGCAGCCUCUUCUACUCGUAACAACGGCGCCCGGCGUUUCUUCCAGCCCAUAUUGAUCGACCGCCAUGGCGACCGUGGUGAGUAUUUCGGCCAACAAAUUAACCUGGCCGGGGACGGCAGCAACGGUAGUAUAAACGAUCCUAACUGGAAUGGCCGAGCUGAUCCUGCAUUCUCUCCUGAUGGCACCAAGAUUGUUUAUUGGCAGGCGCUGGUCAGCUCUCCUGCCUGCGGGGGUGCCAACCCUUUGACCUGCCCUGUUUCCAGUGCGCCUGGGGGUCGAACAUACCGUGUCAUGCUAGCCAGUCUCACCGAACGCCAGCCUCAGGACCCUGCUCCCAUUUUUAAAAUUCCAGACACAAUUCCCUGGGCGACGUUGUUCCCUCCAGGUACUUCGGUUCCUACUCAGUAUACUUUGCCAGCAGGUAACUAUACGCUUCAUGGAAAGGUUCACGGAGUGGCGCGCGCGAGAAUCACUGCGAACCCGACGUAUGGUGGAUACGAGACUGUCUCUGUGGAGUAUGAGGAUUAUUCGGACGACAAUGGCCAUGUCAUAAAUGGGACCGAGUCUGUCACCCUUACCAUCACACCGACGGACCCUUGGCUGAGCAAGCUUGACUGGUAUUCAGACCUGUACGAGACUGGAGUCGUUACAGCAACCAAGAGGACUGGACCUGGUGGAUUUCAAUUGUCCAUCAAUGCUCAGACAAACAUCUUUGAAGCAGAGGGCACAUUGACUACUACUAUAGACGGUAUUGUCUAUAAGCAGCCUGCAAAUGGCACUUGA